CGGCCGGGGAAUCAGUAUUUAAUCUGGGAGAAGGACCUGAUGCUGGCGGGCCGGGGCGGCCGGCUCCGGGAAGCUCCUCCACAGGUUGCGAGGAACCCAAUAGUCAAUUAGCACAGUAAACUCAAUGAAACAAGCCAGCGGUCACCCAUCUUGCCUGGAACCAGACCCUACAGCUUUUGCGGGGAAGACUCUCCCGACCACCCAGGAGAAGCUAAAGUCAUAAUGGUCGGAAAUGAGCACGGCUCUGGAGAUUGCACUGGGCUGCUCCAACCUCCGGGACUCGCCUCAGGCCCCGCCCCCGGCCUCUCUCCAAUUCUUCUUCCGUCUCCCUCGGAGAACGAAAACCCAAAAAACGGAGAACGGGAUGCUGAGAAAAAACGCGAGAUACAAAGGUGGAGGCGUGGUUCCACUCUGACCAAUGGUGAAUGAGGGCGUGGCUUUGAGCCGUUCUUUCAUUGGCUCAGGAUCCCCAGGGCGGCCCAAACUUCGUGCGCGGAGGCGGAAGUCGCCCGGAUGCCGGAACGUGCCUCUUAGCUCCUAAGCCCAGCCGCUGCUGCUGCCGCCAUCAUGGUUCGGAAGUUUAAGUUCCACGAGCAGAAGCUGCUGAAACAGGUGGACUUCCUGAAUUGGGAGGUCACUGACCACAACCUGCACGAGUUGCGCGUGCUGCGGCGUUAUCGGCUGCAGCGGCGCGAGGACUACACGCGUUACAACCAGCUGAGCCGUGCCGUGCGCGAGCUAGCGCGGCGACUACGCGACCUGCCCGAGAACGACCCGUUUCGCGUGCGCUCCUCGGCCGCGCUGCUGGAUAAGCUGUAUGCGCUAGGCCUGGUGCCCACGCGCGGCUCGCUCGAGCUGUGCGAUUUCGUAACGGCCUCGUCCUUCUGCCGCCGCCGCCUGCCCACCGUACUCCUCAAGCUGCGCAUGGCGCAGCACCUCCAAGCCGCCGUGGCUUUCGUGGAGCAGGGCCACGUGCGCGUAGGGCCGGACGUGGUAACCGACCCCGCGUUCCUUGUCACGCGCAGCAUGGAGGACUUUGUCACCUGGGUGGAUUCGUCCAAGAUCAAGCGGCACGUGCUGGAGUACAAUGAGGAGCGCGAUGACUUCGAUCUGGAAGGCUAGCGGAACUAUCGUUUUAUACGGCUGCAUUUUACAGAUGGGAAAACUGAGGCCUGAUGCUAGCAGCUUCUCUGAGGAAGCUGUCCUCACGAAUGUAAGCGGGUCGUCGGUUCCCUCCCGCUGUUCUUAGGGAACUUGGCUCCUCAGCUGCAGGCCACGCGCAGAGCUAGGGGUUGAGGGUGCACCCCUGUUUUCCAAGAUACUUUCCGAAAACUUGGACUACUGAGAAUUAAAUAGGAGACACUGCCUUAGGAAACAGUGGGAAGCGGAUUUGUGCUGCUCUGGGGAAUUAACUUCUUGUGCCCGAAAAAUUGUAGCAUGAAAGGAAGAACGUCACUCUCUUACCACCACUCCCACCCCGGUGCCCAAACUCUCCCUUUUUCCUCUUGUAGCGGGACUGUUUGGUUCGGUUUAUUUAAGUUUUUGCGCCUGUUCAUGCCUAAACUGUGUUCCGGCGUUGGAGUUUGGUCCCAAGUUUUCAAAAAACGGGUGAGACUUAAACGUUAAGACUCCUCUCCCUUGUUUAAAGGAACGCUUUCCUAAUGCCAAUAAAUGGUCCAAUUGCGUUUUAAGUGCAACAU